GAAUUUUUUUCUUCUUAUUCCUUUAAUUUUGAAAUAAAGCAAUGGGUGUUUGAUUUUUAUCUAUCAGAAAAUGAAUUCCGUUUUGUUUUAGUUUAUUUAUUCACAAAAUCAAUUUCGAUUUUUAGUAUUUACAUCUAAAAUGUGAAGUGAUGAUAACAAAGUGGUGUGAAUUUUACUGAAGUACAUAGUUAUGUACUCGUACAUACAAUUUAUUCUUCAAAAAAGAAUUUUAAAACAUGGUUACUUGAUAUCUUUUGAAACUAAAUUUCAUCGAAUACCUUCGAAUGAACUGGCUGAAAGUAGAUUACAGAUUUACGUACAUGUGAUUUCUUACUUCUUUGAGUGAAUUUUACUUUGUUUAGUUCGUUUAGUUUUGAAAUAAAUCGUGGGUGUUCAAUUUCUAUCUAUCAGAAAAUGAAUUUUGUUUUGUUUAUAAUGUGAUGAUAACAAAGUGAUGUGAAUUUUACCAAAGUACUUAUGUACUCAUAUUAUGUAUUACUGUUUAUUCUCGAAAUUAGUUACACUUCACUUGAUCAUUCUCAAUGUGUGUUUUGUUUGUAAAUCAACUCUCCCAAGGAAUUAUCAACAGAUUGGUAACGUGUGGCAAUUGCUCACAAUCAGAUUAAACGAUGCCGCAGAUACGUCUUAUAAGCAGUUUUUGCGGGAUGAUGUCGGUUUUUACUUCGAUAUAGCUCUCAUGAUAAUUGAAAGCUUGAUUUUCUUCGGAGCUAUUCUUGCUAUCAGCUGCUCAAAGGCUUCGAUUUUUUUGCUGACCGUUACCGUAUCGUGUUUAUUGUUGGAUAUAUUCUAUCUACUUUACUGUAUGAUCAAGUUGAGUUCGGAUCACAAUAAGGAUAAACUCGUACAAAUCCUGACGAAUAAAAAUAGCAGCGAAGUUCAUUCUGGUACCAUUGUGCUUCUAUUUUACAUGUUUUUAUUGGCUGCUUUGGCAUUUAAAUUCUACUCGGCGUUCAUGUUCCAUGGCUAUAAAGUUGAAUUAAAAGGCGGACCAGUUUGGCGAAGCACGGUUGAUAAAGAUGUCAACUUGUACUCACCUUAUGGUGAGAAUUUUCAGUACGCGGCUCCGUUGUUGAAACUAGCUUUGAAUUUAUCAAAAUGAUUUUCUAUCGAAGCAGUCUUAAUUUAUGUUUAAUAACCUAUAUUGUAGUGUGAAAUGAACUUGAAAAAAGUGUGGAAUUCUUGUCAUCUUCUUUUUCAGAUACAUAUUUAUAUAUUUUUUGUUUUUUUUUUUAGGAAUUAGGCAUCUUAAGUAGGUAAUAUUUGUUAGUAUUUUUACUUCAUUAAUAUGUUUUUCUUGUAUGAAUAAUUUAGAGAAAUGGCCUAUUCUUAAGGUUUUCUUGUUAUACCUACCUAUUUACUUAAUAUAUAAAUUUUAAUAUUGA